AUGGAUUCCAAUUCUGCUUCUGCACUCGAUGAUGAUCCUUCCGAGGAUUUUGAGAUUACAGGGCUGCACGACAAGCUCAAUUUAGGGCACACUCCGUCCUCUUCUCCCCCCUUCAUCGCUCGCAAGAAAAGACGCGCCAGCACCACCCUCAUCUCCAUCUCUCCCGAAAACUUCCGCCAGGUAGUUAUUCAAUUCAGCAACGGUCGUUUCCCUUUCAUCUCACACUGUUCCCUCUUCCCUCCCAGCUACGAAUUCUCCAAACAAGAACUGGUUUCUCUGUGGGUAGCCCAGGGACUCUUACAGUGCUCCACCAGGCAGCAGGAGCACGAUGCAGCCCAAGUCUUCGAUUCGCUCGUCUCCAGCCAAGUUAUUGUUCCCUCGAGAUCUGAUCCGUCCGUGGAUUUCGUCCACGGGAAGACGAGGAGGUUACUCUAUAGAAUCAACCAGGAUAAGAUCACGUUCUCAGUGCUUGAAUACCAUAUGGUAUUGGAUGCAAAUUGGGAUAAAGUACCUAAGAAUGUGAAGCAUUUGUCAGUGGAUUCAAAGAGUGUGGCUUGCGCCUCGGGUUUUGAUGUAAUUGAGAGGUUUGAAAAUCUGAACACGCUAUUUCUUGUUCCUGUGCCUGGGUUUUAUGUUGAACGCAUUCCGCGAAAUCUUUUCUUGUGCCUUAAGGGAUUGAGGUCUUUGAAUUUUAGUAGGAAUCUUAUAUCAGAGCUGCCGAGUUCUAUCGGGAGUUUGAAAUCGCUUCGGUAUCUUGAUUUGUCUUAUACGCCCAUUAAACGCUUGCCUGAUUCGCUAGUUAGUCUUUGUAAUUUGCAAACUCUUAGGCUUAGGGGAUGUUUAGAGUUAGUUGGGUUGCCUAAAGGGAUUGGGAAGCUCAUUAGUUUGAGGCAUCUUGAGCUUGAUGUUGUGAGGCAACUGAAAUCAAUGCCUCCUUGGAUGGGAUGA